GCUCUUGACCAUGUCGACCUCAACUGCUUAUCUACAUCGCCUGCACCAUGUCGCUCGACGUCCAGCACUCUACGGUCUACGCCAGAUACCACGAGCUCAUGUUAUACAACGACGAGCGAUGAUGUCCGCGUGGUCUAAUGAACGGGGACCAUCGGAGCAGCAUCUGAAGUCGCCUCCUUUGGCCGAUUCACCACCAACCGUUGUUCCCACUGCAGAUUCUCUGUCUUCAGAUGCCGCAUCUCCGCAGGUAGCCGCACGCCCACCACCAAUACCAAAGGCGGAGAGACCUAGACCCAAAAUUCGCUCAACCAAGGCGGCGUUAAUGAUAACUUCGAACGCUGUUCAGCGAUUGCAAGCUAUGCUACACGGUCCUACACCGCAAUUGAUUCGCAUUGGAGUACGGAAUAAAGGUUGUGCAGGGCUGUCAUACCAUCUAGACUAUGUGGAUAAACCAGAGAAGUUUGAUGAGGUCGUACAGCAAGAUGGAGUUCGUGUCUUGAUUGACAGCAAGGCUCUCUUCUCUAUAAUCGGAAGUGAAAUGGACUGGAAGGAGGACUCUCUGAGUUCCAAAUUCGUAUUCAAGAAUCCCAAUAUCAAGGACGCGUGCGGAUGCGGAGAGUCUUUUACUGUUGGCCAAUGAUACGGUAGUUGUUGGUUCAUAGUUUUGUACAUUUCCUCUUUCAUUUCUCACUACCCGUACACCUACCACACUGCACGACGUUGCUGCAUGUAUCCAUAACUUAUAUACGUUCUAUUAUAGUAUCAAUAGAUGGAAGACCACUCAUCCACAAGCGAGUAUUUUUUAUUGAGACGUGAUUCUUGUCAAUAGGCCUACAUUACUUUACAUCCAAAAUUAUCAUGAUACACAUAUACUUACGAUUCGCAUAAGGCAGAAAACAUACUCGUUUCUAGCAUCCGCACCUCACUA